AUGGAAGGAAAAAGGCAUGGCUUGAAAAUAUCUAAUACAUGUUAUGAGGGGAAUGAGAAAUCGAUUAAGGUAAUCAAAGAUAAGAAACAACGCUUUAAGAAAUAUUCAUCAAAAAAUGAUGUAGAUGAAAAUACCACCUCAAAAACCAAAGAUAAAAAGAAGAAAAAAGAAUCGAAAGAAAAACGAUCAAAGAAGGACAAAGAUAAAAAGCGUUCCCGGAAAUCGAAAGAGAAAUUAUCAAAGAAGACCAAAGGUAGAAAACGUUCCUCGCAAUCGGAAUCGGAAGAAGAAUCAGCAAAGAAGACCAAAGGUAGAAAAGAUCGCUCGAAAUCGGAAUCAUCAAAGAAGACCGGAUCAGAAUCGGAAAAAGAUUCACCGAAGGAUCCAAAAAAACGGAAAAGUUUAGGCUUAUAG